AUGGACAUCAUAAUAACAGGCGCCGGCCUCUCCGGUCUUUCCACCGCUCUAUCCCUCCGGCGCGCGAAUCCUUUGCACAGAAUCACUAUCCUCGAGCGUUCCUCUCAUUACAAUCACUCCACCUCUACCAAUACCACCACCAUCACCACCACCACCACCACCAAACCCCAACACCACUCCUCCCACGAGAUCGGCGCAGCAAUCAACGUCCCGCCCAACAUCUCCCGCUUCCUCUGCCACCCUUCACCGGGCCGCGGAUGGGGUCUAGACCCGGUAAAACAAAAAUUUGUGAAGAGCGAAGGGGUGUUGGUCAUGAACCCCAUGACUAUGGAACAGAUUGGCGAAGGACUGGAUCAUAGUAGGAAUGAAGAGGGGGAUGAGAGUGAGGUUGAGAUUGGCGAUGGGAAGGAGAUUGGCGAUGAUGAUGGGGCCGGAAAUGGGGAUGGGAAGGAAGGGAAGAGGGAGAGGAAGGGGUGGGUGAGGAUUGAGGGCGGAAAGGAAGUGAUUGCGUAUGACCCCUCAACACCCUCAGUAACCCUCUCCAACAACACUGUCCUAGCCGCCGACCUCAUCAUCGCCGCCGACGGGGUGCACUCCCGCGCACCCGAGUCUGUCCUCGGCCACCCGAACCAUGAGCCUCAGAUGCUUCCGGACCCGAAGCUGAACACCUGCUAUCGGUUCCUGAUUCCCACGGCGGAAAUUGCCAACGAUCCAGAGACGAUGUUCUUCCUAGAUUCGGAUAACAAGGAAGCAAAUGUUUGUCGGCUUUGGCCGGAUGUGUUGGGGAAGAAGAGGUUAAUUUGUUAUCGGUGUCGUGGUGGAGAAAUCCUCAACUUCGUCGUCAUGCUUCGGGAUGAGACGACCAAUACCGAUACUACGAAGCGAGAAGACUGGCAUGCCCCCAUCUCCAAGUCCGAAGUCCUCUCCAAGCUCUCCGACUUCCACCCUGGAAUCCUAGCAGUGAUCAAGUACGUCUAG